GAAAAAUAUUAAGUUAAAUACUCGUUCUUAAGGUAAAACUCGAGGCUUUCCUGUCCGCUAGGUGGCAGUGUGGCCAUAUCGUCGUGUUGAGUCCCGCUGUCUUUGUGCAGUCGAGGAAGCCAAGAUGGCCGCCACCAUGAAGGGACCUGUAGCAGUUGAAGAUGUGAAUGUGACGUUUGAGGAUCAGCAGAAGAUCAAUAAAUUCGCCAGGAACACGAGUCGGGUGACGGAGCUGAAGAAUGAAAUAGAGGCAAAGAAAAAAUCGCUGCAGAACUUACAGGAUGCCAGUGAUGACCUCAUGAUGUUAGACGACGACACUCUGUUGAUCCCCUAUCAAAUCGGCAAUGUCUUUGUCAGCCACUCGCAGGAAGAAACACAAGAGAUGCUGGAGGCUGCAAAGGAAGCACUGGAGCAGGAGGUCAAGGGCCUUGAGGAGCGAGUAUCUGCGAUACAGCAAGUGCUGGGUGACCUGAAGGUCCAGCUCUACGCCAAGUUUGGUAACAACAUUAACCUGGAGGCAGACGAAAGCUGAGCAGUGAAAUGGACAUUGACAGCUGCCCUGACGUGGACUUUCUUUUUGCUCUCGUGUCGGAUUCACGGAGCGUUUGCCAAACGAAACAUCAAGUAGGACUCCGCUUGAAUGGCUUAGAUUUGCAGCUUUUGGCUUCUUUUUACACUCACGUGAUGUAUCUGUCGUCAGUUUAAACUUGGCAAACAAACAAAUUCACAAGGACAACAAAGGUAAAGAUUUGGAGAUUAAAUAAAUGCACAUAAUCUGAACACAUUUCAAUCGGUCUGUUAUUUAAUGUUUUUUCUCCCUCUGCUGUUCAAACUGAAGUUAAAAAAAAAAAAGAACUUGUCUCAUCUC